CGCUGCUUCACUCUCCACCAGUAUUACCGUCCGCUUUUCGUUCACGCGCGCUUUCGAGAUCGCCGACUUAUGCAAAUUACUAACGCGUCACGGACUUGCAGUGCGUUGCACUAUUAACAUUGAAUGCGCCAAGCAGCCGAACUGUUGUUCAUUGUCGUCCAACGCAUUCUGGAUUACUUUCGUCAAGCAUCGACUACCUGUGUUGUAUUGUUGUAACAAUACUCUUCGGACAACGGCGUGAAAUGAAGAGGCACAUUGGAUAAUAGAUGUUUGACAGAAAAAGGUAAAAAGUCAGUAACACCGGAAGUAGUGCGAGUAGCAGUUUUCACAGAAAUGUACGAGAAGGGUCACCUAGGCGAUAACCCAUUCGAGACGGGCUCCUGGGCGAAGGCUCACUUCUCAACACACGCAGCGCCCUGGCAGACGUCUUCACUUCGCACAGGACAUGGUCGGCCCACAGAUGAUGGCAUGAUGGAUCAUGAAACAGACGGUGACGGCGCAAUCAACCUGUCUACGUCGCAGCGACCGUCUGCGGCUACAACACCUAACGGCAGCGUCGAGUACGACGACCACGACCAGGCGUCAUCGUCGGUGAAAGUGUUGAAGCAACAACAGCAGCAGCAACAACAACAGCCCGCACAGCCGCAACCACCGCAGCCGCAGCAGCAGCAGCCGCAGUCACAGCCUCAGCCGCAGCCGCAGCUGGGCCCACACGCGGCGCAGCCGGCGCGGGAGCGCGUGGAGGGCGAGGCGCCAGCCAAUGGGAAGGGCUCCGCGGCGAGCGGCAGCGCCAGCGGCAGCCCCAGCCCUUGCGGCGCGCAGCCGCAGCCGCCGGCGCAGCAGCAGCCGCAGCCGCAGCCGCAGCGGCAGUCACCUCAGCCCCAGCCGGCCUCGCAGCCGCAGGCAGCGCAGCCGCUGCCGCCGCAACAGCCGGCUGUCAUGCUGUCUCCCGCCUCGGGGCUGCACCAAAUGCAGCAGCUGCUGCAGCAGCAGAUCCUCAGCCCGGCACAGCUGCAGUCCUUCAUGACGCAGCACUCCCUCUUUCUGCAGCAACAGCAGCAGCCGCCUCAACCGCCUGUGCCGCCUCCUCCACCGCCACCCCACCAUCACCAGCCGGAAAGUACAGGUGAUCAUGCAAGCAGUGAUCGAUUCAACUACCUCACACUGAAGUCUGUGCAACAACAGCAGCUGGCUGAACUUGGAAUGAAGCAAUUACAGCAAGCAAUGCAGCAGUUACAAGAACAGCUGCAACUGAAUGUCAUACAGCAGACACACCUACUGCAGUCAGGGGACAAAAAGAAAGCUUCAGGCCCUUUGCAACAGUUAGCACUGCAACAACAGCAACUCAUGCAGCAGUUACAAAUCACACAACGACAGUAUUUACUGCAGCAGGGUAUUGGCAUUCAACCAAUGGUGCUUGCUCAAGCUCAGGCACAAAGUGCAGCAGUGACAUCAGAUGUACCAAAUCCUUGGAAAGAACCACCUUCUGAAAACCAUGACACACAUCACAAUGUUUCGGCACAUAAAAAUGUCCCAGGAAUCAAUGGACUCCUCGGAACUAUAGGGUUGGGCCGCAGGGAUAGCAUGAAUGGAGUUGCUGGUGUUGGAGAGGAGAAGCUUCUUGAAAGUUGUGGGGACAAAAUGCAUCCACUUUAUGGUCAUGGGGUCUGCAAGUGGCCUGGCUGUGAAGUUAUAUGUGAUGAUUUCCAGUCCUUUCUCAAACAUCUAAACACAGAACACACGCUAGAUGACAGAUCUACAGCACAGGCAAGAGUGCAGAUGCAAGUUGUAUCUCAGCUCGAGCUUCAGCUGCAGAAGGAGAGGGACAGGCUGCAAGCAAUGAUGCAUCACCUUCAUAUGACCAAGCAACAAGCAUCUCCCGAACCAUUAAAAACAGAGGCAAGUACGGGGCCAAAUCUCUCAAAACUUAACCUUUCCUCUGUUCUCCUUAACCAGCCCCCACACUCAAUGCCAUCUUCAGUCAGUCAGCCUGUUUCUAUGUCAUCUCUGGUGUCUGCAGUCCGAUCUCCAAUUCUCCAGCCUCCUACUCCAAACAUUAGUGGACCAAUCAGAAGGCGAAUAAGUGAUAAAUCUGCUCUGUCACUUGCUGGAGGGCUACCAUAUAUGCUGGAACGUGCAGGACUUGAUGUUCAACAAGAAAUUCAGAGAAACAGAGAAUUUUACAAGAAUGCUGAUGUGCGACCUCCAUUUACUUAUGCAUCGUUAAUACGACAGUCCAUCAUUGAGUCACCAGACAAACAACUUACGUUAAAUGAGAUCUACAAUUGGUUUCAGAAUACUUUCUGCUACUUUCGUCGUAAUGCAGCAACGUGGAAGAAUGCAGUGCGACACAACCUGUCUCUCCACAAAUGUUUCAUGAGGGUGGAGAACGUGAAGGGAGCCGUAUGGACUGUGGAUGAAGUGGAAUUUUACAAACGCCGGUCACAGCGAUGCACUACAGGGGGUGUGCAGUCAAAAAGUCCCACCCUGAUACACAGCCCAACAUUAUAUGGAGAUGCGCUGAAUACGAGUCUUCAAAAUGUCCAAUGCGAGAAUUACUCGGAGGCUGCCCUGGGAGAAAGCAAUAUGGGAUUCGUCAACAACUCAAUGAGUACGUCAACAGCAACUAGUCCAGAAAAGGUCCCAUCACCAGCAACAGAACACAGAUCUUCGGUGGAUGGAUCACUCAUGCAUAUCAAGCAAGAGGCCUUGCAGACACCAUCUAUGAAUCCUGACAAUGAUGGUCUUGUCCAUUUAAUCAAGAGGGAGAUAAUGGAGCAUGGAAUAGAUGCAGAAGAGGUGGAGGAAGUUGGCGAGGAGCGAGAUUUUGUACCUGGAGCUACAGUGGGGAUGCAGCUGGAUCAUGGACAUGAAUCUGAAGAGCCAGAUGAGAUGGCUGAAGACUUAUCUAUGGUUCCAGAUGUGUCUGAAGAAAAUCUGGAAGCAUAGUUGAGAAAAUCGCAUCCUGAUUUUAAUCAUAUCCACUUUUUAAUGUGAAUGAUACUGUUAACAAAAAAAGUAAAUGUAUCGUGUAUGGCCACAAAUGUGGUGCAAUGAAUUUGAAAGACAGUGCAGGAGUUAAUUCAUAUCUGUGCGGAAAAAACAAUUAUUUCAAAAACACUCGUGUUGUAUAUUAAAACAAAAUGUCCGUAUCAAAAUGAAAAAAAAAGAACUAUAGAUUAUUUCCUGGCUGUGUGAGUAAACGUUAUGUGUGCAAGUAUGUGUGCCAAUGAAGAAAUAUGUACAAAAUUAAUUAAGAGCACUGUAUGUAUGUGAAACAACAAUUGUGUAUAAAGCACAGCUUAUAUAUGUUAUACAGAAAACUUGUUUGUCACAAUGUAUUGUUCUAGCAAUGUCACAGGCAGCUGACUAAAAAACAUGAAUCACAUAUUCCUCAGACUGAUUAUACAAGAAAGAGACAGAAAGUAUGAGUAUUUCAUAAAGCUGUCUAUACACAAACAACUGCAACACACAACUCGAUCAUGCAGUAUGUUGACUGCUAAUGUGAGAUAUGAGAUACUGAAUAAUGAGUCUCUUCCAUGUUUGAAUGUAUGAAUUUAGUGUUUCUUCUUACAUGAAAACUGUUUUUAUUUAAUCAGUUGUAUGUAAAAGCACAUAAAUUCUGUGUAUUGUUCAGUAUCUUACACAUCAAGGCAAUCAGAAUAAAAAUUACUAUUACAGUUUUAAUAAGUAGUUUUAAGGAACAUUUUGUUAAAAAUUAAAUGUUUAAUGACAUAUUGUAUGGAAUAGCUCAGGAUAUGACUACAUUUGCUUAAAUUACAAAACAAUAUUUUCAAAUUAUCAGAAUUUAAAUGUUGUAAGUACCACUAUUUGAGUCCCAUUAUACUUAUAGAUAACAAUAUCUUUCAAAGUACUAGCAGUGCUUUCAUGUUGUCUAUUUUGAUUUUAUCAAGUUCAGUUAAUAUGGGACAAGCUCUUUUUGAAAAUUUUAAUAUUCUUUUCUGGUUUUUGAAUUUCUAUGAAUUAUGUGAAUCAGCAGGAAAUGAAACGGAUUAUACAUGAAGACAUGGAGUUGUGACUCCUAUGGUUUACAUGUAUAAGCAUUGUUUUUAGCAGCACCACAGUGAAUGUUUAACAGAUGGCUUUACUGUGUUAGUAACUUAACAUAUUAACAUGGAGCAGGAAAGGAGAAGAUAGGAUAAAGUGAACAUAUGCAAAAUACUCUCUCUCUCUCUCUCUCUCUCUCUCUCUCUCUCUCUCUCUCUCCCUCUCUCUCUCUCUCUCUCUCUCUCUCUCUGUCUCUCUGUCUUUCUUUCAUGCAUCUGACGCUGUGCCAUGAGUGGAGAGAGAGAGAGAGAGAGAGAGAGAGAGAGAGAGAGAGAGAGAGAGAGAGAGAGAGAGGUAGGGAGGGGAAGGAUUUUGUUUAAAGUAUUGUCUAUAUAUUAAAUGCUGUUUAAGAAAUCUGUUAUAUGUGAUGUUUUAUCAACUGCAAAUUCAUUUAUGUUUCAUAUGUAUGGAUGUGUAGGUAAGAAAUUAUGUUCAUUUGUCAGCAUCAACAAAACCAGUGUUACUGCAUUACGAGUAACAUACAAAUCUGCUGCUGACAAUGAAAAUGUGUAGAAGUGUUUGAAAACCUUAUCAGAUUCUGAACACUUCCUUUUUUAAAAAAAAAAAAAAAGAAAUAAGAGCAUUUAGAAAGUAUUUUUUCUGAUCUACAUUCUCUACUUUUAAUCAUAGCAAGACCCACGAAUAAACUUCACCAGAAUUAUAUUAUUAAUUGAUGAUAACAAGAACCUCAGAUCACUGGCUACUGCAGAUGAAUUUUUUUGAUGAUAGCAAACCAAAUGACAGUAAUUAUCUUCUUACAAACAAUGUUCUACACAAUAAUAGAAGCUGUUUCCAAAUGCAAAACAGCAUAGGAGUGAGAAAAAGUGGAAUUAUUUUAUAACAUAAAAAAUAUUGAUUUUGUUCAGGAUCAUUUAUGGAUUACUUGUAGUUGCUACUUUGUAGUGAUAUCAGUAAUUUAUUUUCUGUAUACAGCUACAUACACUUCCUGAGGUUUUCGGCUGCCAUUAGUACUGGUUGCUUUUUCAUCCACUGUUACAAGUGGAGAUUGAGCUUCAUCAUUACUUUGUAUAAGUCAUUAACCUGUAUAUAAAAAGUCUGCACAUUGAUAAAACUUAUAAUUUGUGAAGGUGGAACUAUGUCAUCUACACACGAUUGUAAUUCUGCAUUUUAGUUUUAAUAAUCGCAGAGAUCAGGUACGUUAGGAUUACAGUCUACAUUAUUUAUUGCUCUGUGUGUCAAAUGAAUUUUGAUGUGGUGCUUACAAAGACCCGAAAAAAUAUAAUAAUAUUUUAUGAGACUUCCUCCAUUAUUAGUAGGGCAGCCAGCGUCAAACAGGAAAACAAUUUGCUCAUAAACCAACCUAUUCUAUAAUUCUCUGUGGUGUAAAUUGUCAGAUUAUGUGCAAUUUGCAAAUAAUUGCAUAACUCAUUGUGGUUUCUGUUAUGAGAAAAAUAUUAGGGAUGGAAUAUUUUUGCCAUACAUGUAAGUUUUCUUUACAUCUUUCAUCAAAAGAUUGUCCUCAUACAAUCCAACUCCAAAUAUGCUUUAACUGUGAUGAUGUUUUCUUUCCAACAUUGGUUUAUUCAUUAAACUUACAAAAGAAAUACACAUAUUUAUUUACAAAUAUUUUUACAAGGUGUCUCAUAAUUAAUAGCAAAACCUGGAAUGAGUGACAAUGUACAGUAAUAGUAUAAAAAAUGUUCCAGUAAACAUGGGUCUGCAAAUGACCAGAGGAUGCAAGAUAACUGUAAAUGAAUGAUUAAGAGUCAUCACUGAUGUCAGUGUUGUUCUAGUUUGCUCUGAUUUAAUUUAAAUGUACUCUUUCUUUGAUCAGGUCCUCAUUUAAGUAGGUUCAAAUUUCCUACAUGAUCUACAUUUACCAGAAAUAGAAUGCAAUACUGCUGUAGAAUUUAUGUGUUGCAAUUUACUGUACAUUCAUUACCAGAAAUAGAAUGCAGUACUGCUGUAGCAUUUAUGUGUUGCAAUUUACUGUACAUUCAUAUCUUUUACAGGAGGUGUUUCACAUGUUGUCCUUGCAUUUGGAUGAAAUAUUGCACUUGUAUUUGCAAAGUGUUACGAAUUCUUUCAAACACCCCUGGAACAUCUCAUAAACCUUGACAAGACUGUACAGUUUGCUGCUCCAGUUCUUCAACUGUUUCAACAGGUGUGUUGUAAAUUCUGAGAUGAUCCCAAACAGAAAAAUCUAGAAGACUGAGGUCAGGUGAUAUUGGAGGCCAAGGUAAAUGCCCUGCUCAACCCUUCCAUCUUAGGCCAUAUUGAUGCUUUAGAUUUCAUCCUGCAUCAGCAACGAAAUGUUCUGGUACCCCAAUAUGCAUCCACCAUAUUGGCCAACCAUGAGACACAGAUGAAAUUUAAGUACUAUUAGAUGGGCACUUAAUCAAGAAGUUUACAUUUCAAAUACCUAUGCAUAUACUAACAAGGACAAUAUUUCACAUUGGAAUCAGUGAGGGUUUUAACCCCACAUUCAUAAUUACCUUGCUUGUGUUUGUGGGCCCAUGUUUACUGAGAUACUCUUGCUUCUAGUGUUGUAUACUUUUGCUGAUGUCAGUUUUCACUAUUAACAAUGAUUUCAUUCUGUAUAAUCCCCACAUAUUAAAGUCCUUCUGGCAUAAAUCCAUAGGAGAUUUUGAACAUAUGUAAGAAAGUGACUGCCCAUGAAAGACCAUCAAAUCCUCAUAGGGUAAACUUGUACUCAUUUCAAAGAAGCAAAAUGGUAUUUAAUAAUAGGUGUGAGAGUGUCAUAUCUCACUUUUCUCUCUCAGCUAAAACAAAAAGUUAAAUAUUAUUUGAAUGGAUGUGAACUACUAUUUUACAACAGUGGCAUAAAUCAGUACUGAUGUGUCUUUUCUAUUGAUUGCAACCUUUCAGAAAACUUUAUGUAUCAUUGCUGCAUGUACUAGUUCCUUCUCAUUUGUCUGGACUAACUUUCUGUUUUCUGUGAAGGGAUACUGACAGGGCCUCAUAUAUGUUGACAGUCAUUGUAAGAGAUGAUAUGAACCUUUUCCCUGUUUUUUUACUGAAUAUAUUCUGUUUAUGUGGUGUGUAGGUGGAGCUAUAUCAAACAGAUGCUAAUAAUAAUAAUAAUAAUAAUAAUAAUAAUAAUAAUAAUAAUAAUAAUAAUGGAUGAUGCCAAACACAUAGUACAUUUGAUGACAUUGAGCCACAGUCAUGGAAUACUUUUUAAAAGAAGUAACCACCAGUUGAAUGUUUAUUAUUAUAUUUAUCUUUUCUACUGUCCUUAUUUCGGCUUUUAUGCCAUUAUCAAGUACAAUGCUAAAGGUCAUUAGAUCUUUAUUAAGUUAUAUUUGUUAAGGCAGUCCAAAGCAGUUAAACAAGGCUAACACAUGUCUUUAAGAUGUGACUAAUUCUUUGACAGUCACAUCUAGAAGACGUGUUAUCCUUGUUUACCUUCUUUGGACUACCUUAACAAAUAUGAUUAAAUAAUGGCCUAACAACCUUUAGCAUUGUACUUCAUAAUGGCAUCAAAGCUUAUACAUGGAUAGUACAAAAGAUAAAUAUAAUAAUACAUAGUCAGAUGGUGGUUUCAUCUUUGAAAACCGUAAUAGAGUGGUUACAGUAAUAAAUGCAACAGUAAAGUGGGUUAGUCAUUGAAAUUACAACAUUACAUUACAAUUGUUUAAAUGCUUGGAAAUGGGUGAGCAGCUAACUAUAGUUAGUUUCCUUAUUUAAAUGCAUAUGCAGGAAGGCCCCAUACAAGUAGUGGAAGUUUAUUAAACAAUUUAUGUCAUAUUAGUGAACAGAUGUUAUUUGAUCUAGAAGAUAGGUGGUGUAGUGGGUAAAAUUUCAAUUCUCCAAACAUCACCUCUUAUGUUCAGUUUUCUGCAGUAAUUUUAUGCUAAGUCGUAGGUAUUAGAUUCAAUGACUAUAAGUUUAUCCUCCAUAAACAGAAAAUAUCAGACUGAUGCUCCAAGGCAAAAGCAAUUUAAUGAUAAAUUCUCUAUUAUUUACUGCUUCUCCUACUGUUGUUGGUAAUGGUGGUAGCUACUGUUGUUCAAUGUUCUGUUGCUGCUGUUGAGGAUGUUAUUUUAUUUCAUAUGAUUUUAUUUUCACUUUCUCUGAUGCUGACAGAGCAUCCACAACCAAGUGUUGAUACUCAUGUUGACACUGCAUGUUUCUUUUUUUCUGGAUCAGCUAACAGUGCAAGUUUUAUAUCAGCAGCCAGUGAAGGCCUUGUUUCAUGCUUGUGUGAUUCUGUUGCUGAUCAUUUUAACAACAAAUGGGUAAGACUGUUAUUUCACUUGUUUGCAAACUGCUCAGGGGGCAUCCUAUGUGAUAUCCAGUGUUAACAGUAAACAUUAUUUUGGAUUUAAUUAUAUACAAAAUGUUGUUUCAAGUGUAAGAUUAUGUGCUCAGGUGGUUGAACACCUUCAGCUUAUUCUGAUGGAAUAUUCAGGUGAAAGACAUUUAUUGAAAGUUACAGUUAGAUCUUUCAGAAAGGACAGUAAGAUUACUGUAUAAUGGGACUGCGAAUGCAGUGCAACACAGCACAUUGCUUACUGAGACUGUGCUGGUAAUACUGCUGUCACUAACAGUAAAUAUUCUUUAACUGAAUGCUGCACCAAAGUAUUUUGAGGUUGCCCUAUCAAUUAGAUAUGAAAACCUACACGUUCAGUAACAUUUUGUUUGUAAUGAGAGCCAUAGUGAUAUGUUUUGUUGAUCCUUGACAGCACAUGGAAUACUAUCUAAGCAAACUUUGUUUUGAGACAUCAAACCUUCACAUCACAAAAAUAAAAUCAAAAAUAUCUUAGAGGCAUUAGGGAAAAGGCUCUGAUGACCCUCAAGAGGAACAGUUUAUUUACAUUGUGUGCCACUUAACUCUUUCACCUCCAAUUUUUUCACUGUUCUUACAUAGAAAAAUAGAGUGUGUGUGUGUGUGUGUGUGUGUGUGUGUGUGUGUGUGUGUGUGUGUGUGUGUGUGUUGAAAUCAUUUCUGAUUGAUCUGUAUGUUUCUUUACUAUGAUAUUCACAUAAAUGUAAUUGUUGUUUCUAAUUUUCGCCUCUUCUACUUCAAAAUAUGCUUAUUCCAAUCAUCAAUAAACUAUAAUAAUAUUACAGUUGCCACAUUAUGUAUCAUUUCCUUUCAAAUGUAUGAGUUCUGUUGCUUCAUAUUGGAUAAUACACAGUGUUUUGAAAAAGAUUUCUUCUCCAAAUUUUUGAGACUUCCAAAACUCUGCAAUGGUCUGUUUAUGUAAAUAAAUCAGCUCAAUCUCAGAUAUUACAUGACUACUGAAAAGUGAUACAGAAGUACAUUGAAAUCCAUGUAUCAGAGUAAAUCAACAGCUUCUAUAGAAUUUCAAUAGAAAUGUUGGGUGGGUUAUAGCCUGGUCUUUUACAAUCAUUUUUCAAGAGACUCAAGAAACUGCAGAAUAAAGUAAUUUACAUACAGUGAGUUUUCAGCUGUAAAUGUACCCUCUAUGAUAACAUAUUCAAAAAUAUAUAACUUUAAUACAUUUUUUUCUGAAUCACAAAUGGCUUUAGGUAACAUAACUAAUGUAGAGUUCCAUUGCUUCAGUAGCUUCACAUCAGCUUCUUUCUAAUUUGUUAGUGAUGAUAACAUCUUAAUGCAUGCUGCUUCAGCAGACUGAGCAGUGGAUAUGGAACUUUUAGCUAUAAGAUAUGAUGAAAUCACAUUUUCUUACAUCUUCUCAAACCUUUUCCUACCUUUUUUAUGACAGAAAACUUAUCGGAUAUCAAAAUGAUGUCUUGAUAUGUGGGUGAUGAAUGACAUGUCAGAUCAGGUUUUGGAUUCUAAUAUUAUUAAUUCCUUGUGCAACACACUUUUGCUGCAGCAUUUACAUCAGUCCAUGGAUUGAUGGUUCAUUAACAUUAUUAUUGAUCAAAAUUAAUCUGUUCAGCACAUUGUCAUUCUGUGGCUCUGUACUCUGUACAUAAAUAUAUAUUGACUUCCCACCUACCCAAAUGUAAUUUGGCUAAAGCAUUAUUUUUUCUAUUACAUAAAUGGUAAAAUUAUCCUGAUUUCUUCAAUCAGGUUUUCAUAUGUCCAUUUUUUAGAAUCUUAUUUAUAUGAAAAAGAAAACAGUAGCUAUUAGUUUGCUUCUCUAUGUCAUAUUUGGUAAAAUCCGUACCAGAGUAAUCAUUUUGUGUAAUUACUAAAUUCUACAUUGCCACCAUCCUACAUUCUUUUAAUUUUCAAAUAUCGCCAUCUGUCUGCUCAAUAUUGUCUUUGCUGGAUUUAACAACAUUGUUACUACCAUGUGAUUUAUUUACAAUGUUAACCUCUUGCAUGUGCAUAAUUAUCAUGUCAAUUUAAUUUACACACCUAAGUAAACCUUCUUUCAGUGUACAAGUGAAAUUAUGACACAUUGACACAUUUGUUUAAAGAAGGUUAUCAGUGUGACAAUAAGAAAUGAAAUGUGCUCUAUGAAAAGUUGACACUGUGUGGUGCUGAAAGAUUAAAAAAAUGCCCAAAGAAAUUUCAAAUUGGGAGAUGCAGAUUAGAGGUACUUGCCAAGAAAAAAUGUAAUGGAUACAUUGAUCUAAAGAGGCAUCACAUAUUUCCAUUUGUUGUCAACUAGUGUUUAGAUGGACUUAUAGUGUUGAAGAGAGGGAGCAAAGUGUAAAAGUCAGUCCACAGAUGUGGUUACAAAAGGCUCUUGGCAGUGCUAUGAAUGGCAUAUUGUGAAUAGAAUGAACAGAACAAAAAAAUAGGCCAAACAGAUAUAUAAAAUUACUUCAAUGACAGUAAAAUGGAUGAAACUGUAAUAACAAUGAAAGUCUGGAGGCAAUUAUGUAAUGAGGAUGACUUGUCAGUAUGAUGUGAUAUUGUUUUUUCCCUCCCGCUUACAAUUCUCAACACCAAAAAAUCCUUUCAUUCUCAAAUGCUUAACAAGAAUGUAUAAUUUAUUAGUUGAUGAGUGGAAAUAACAAUAGGGUCAAGUAAUCUCGUUUCUUGUGUACUGCAUAUUUCUGCCAUUACAUGCACUGCCCUGAUAGCUGAUAAUUCAUCCUUCUUUUAGUAAUCUCAUUAUGAUUUAUUGAGGAAGUAUAGUUAUAUUCUCAUAUUGGUUCUACAUGUAAAGCUUAUUUGGCAUUAUAUUUGCCCAAUUACAUUGUGUAAGUUUCUGCACCCAGUAAGCUCCUUGUUACUUGUAGCAUUUUUUUCUUUUAUGUGUGUUACUGAAUAAUGCAUUGUAUUUUCAUAUUUUUGUUUCUUUCUACCAUCCUAUAGGUGCCAUCAUUUCUUUAAUUGUUUGUUAACAGUCUGUAUUCACAAGUGCAUGUUUGCAUUUGUUUUCCCAUUUUUAUUAGUCCAUAUUUCCCAAUUUUCUCCAGAAUGCAUAGUCAUUAAGAAAAUUACUUUAUUUAUUACACAGAAGAAAAAAACACAUUUUCUACAGUUUUAAACUUACAGAUCAAAUUAACAGUUCAUAUCUGAUGUGGAUAUACUCCUUCUAAAUAAGGGCCAUUUGAAUAAAUGUGUAAUAAUAAAUGAAAAUUCAGACUAUAACUAAAAGGAAAAUAAUUGAAAGUAGCAGAAUUAGGAGGUCAGGUAACUUACACGAGAACAUUAAAGCACAUGCAGGUGAUUUUUACAGCCUGUUAAAUAGUUCUGUUCCUAAGGACAUACUCACUGUGCGGAAACAGAGGUCAGUCUACUUUCAGAAGUUUAUUAAAUUAGUAAUUUUCCAUUUUGAUAUGAUUAAAAAUAAAAAAAACUUGAAAAUAAGAUAGAUGAGGAAAUACUGAAGCAAUGAAUUUAGAUACAAGUGUUAGUACAAUUCAGAAUAGCUUUGACUUCCAGUGUUUGUGAUGAGCUGCCUCAUACCUGCAUGUCUUGCAAGUUUUUUUUUUCCUUCAUGUGUAAAUGGAGUAGUAUAUAAAUAGAGGUAAGAAGCAGACGUAUGACACAACUAUUUGCAAAUAACACAAAAUGAUAUACUCACAGUAAAAAAAUGCUAAGGAAACAGAACAAUCAGAAGCAUAUAGUUAUAUAUUUCAUUUUUUGAAAAUCUCAUGAAAGAGUAUAAUUAAGCUUACUAUCAGUUUUAUUUAAAAUGAAAAUGUAUGAAUCAGUGUACUUGUUGUACAAGAAAAAAGUAAGAAUUCUUCAUUGUGCACAUUGAAACAGAAACAGUAAGCAUGCAAAGUUUAUCUGUUUAUUUAAACACACACACACACACACACACACACACACACACACACACACACACACACACACACACACACAUGAGGGAGGAACAGACUGAUGUGCUCUCUUCUGAUUUUGACUAUAGACCCCACCUGUGUAUGUCUUCUGGGUGCAAUCAUUUUGUCUAAUUAACAUUCAUCAAAAAAGUUGUACAUACAUUUCAUUUGGGCAUUAUUGUACAUGAUAUGUAAUUUAUUCUGAUAUGAGAUUCAUAGUCAUGGAUUUAGUUUUCAUCACUUACUGACUGCCUUGAUUCCUAUUAUAAUGACAGUAUCAAAUUUUAUUGGAAGAAAAGUGAUUCUUAGUUAUAAAUGACCAGUGUUUUGGGGACACUAAUUGAUAGUGGAAAGUAAGACCAACUUUAGACAUGGGAAGAGAAUACUGGUCAUAAAAAAUGUUACCUAAUGUCAACUUUCUACUCAUAUCAUUCCACAGUUAUGCUAGUAUAAUAAUUAUCAAACUAUAUUUAUGUUUAUUUUAUCCUUUUUUUUUUUGUAGACGUAGCUUUUAUCCUGUUUCAGUAACCUCUACCAUAGCUGCUCACUUCUUCUUUUGUGUUUAUUUAUCUAAAAUCUCAUAAUCUCUAUGACUGUAUGUAAGCAUCUACCAGUAAAAAUAUAGUUCCCAUUAUUAAGUGUUCUUUUCAUAUAUCUGUGUGUGUGUGUGUGUGUGUGUGUGUGUGUGUGUGUGUGUGUAAGUGUUCUUUUCAUGUGUGUGCGUGUGUGUGUGUGUGUGUGUGUGUGUGUGUGUGUGUGUGCGUAAGUGUUCUU